UGUUAUCUUGACACUACGUUACCGGAAGAUGGCGACCCCCCAGGAUUUAACGGAUAAAUUCCUGAAAUGUGCAAUCUGUUUCAAUGUGUACACACACCCGUGCACUCUGAACUGCGGUCACACGUUCUGUCAGGGCUGUCUUCUCAAAUUUGUUGAAACAAAAUCAGGUGCGGUACAGUCUAAGUCGAUCCCCUGCCCCUGCUGUCGACAAGAUACCAAGGUGCCCGACCCCAGCAGACCUGUAGGGGAGUGGGUCACCCAGAUCAAACCAAGCAUCAUUAUACAGGGGUUGAUUGAAUCCCUAAGUUCCGAAGGAAACCAUGCUUCAGACGGAGGCUGCCCUGCACGUCAGUGCUCUGUCUGCAAAAAGCAAGGUGCAAAAAGGAAGCAUUGCAUGGAGUGCGAUACUUUAUUCUGUACAAAGUGUGGGCGUAGUCACCUGGGUAGUCACACCCAUACCCUUCGUGACUUGACAGAGACCAUUUCUAGCAAUGACAGGUGCAGAGUCAUGUGUAAAGAACACAAACAGAAAUGUAUCGAGUUCCAUUGUAACAACUGUCAGACGUCCGCCUGUGGGACAUGCUGCAUUCUCUACCACAGGACGUGUUCAUCUCUUGUCACCAUUGAAUCCAUGAAAUCGCAAAUGGAAAUAUUUAUUUCACGAAAAGUUGCUCAAACAUCCGCAAAAGUUGACCUAUUCACAAAGAAGGUAUCUGUGUUGGAGGUUGACAUGGCAAUGGCCAACUCUAUUGCAGAUUCCGUGAAGGAAAGAAUUAUCUCUGUCACAGAGGCAGCAAUUAGAGAAAUUGAGGAAAAGAAAAAAAAGAAAAUUAGUGAAUUAGAAGAACUGUUAGCUCCCACUCAAGCUCAUCUUAAGACCAGUGAGAUUGAGUUGCAAAUGCACCAACAGCAUCGUGAGUUUAUGAAGAGGACAUUGCACGCAGGGAAUCAUAUGGAGCUUUAUAUUGCAUGUAUGAGCACAGAGACAGACAAGCUCAGUAACUUGAGAGACAAAGAAGAUGGAGAACGAAUAGAGAGAAUUGAUUUUACUGAAAACACCGACAUUAUGGACAUACAACUCGGGAAGAUCAGCUUAAAAUACAACGGUGAUUCUAAUCUGAUAUCUGUCCCUCAAAUGUAUAAGACAAUUGACUCAAGGACUGAUGAGAGUGACAUGAAAGAUCCUUUUCUACUUGACAUUACUGUUCUCUCAGUUAACGGCAGAGAGACAGUCGUUGUUUCUGACACAACCAACACAUGUUUGAAAUCCUUCUUUGAUAGGAACUACCAGUCAUGUAGUAGUAAACUUUCCUUUGAGAAUGCUCCAAGAGGAAUAGCGAAGCUGAGCGAGAACCAGGUGAUGUGUACUGUGACUGGACAGCUAGCAGUAGUAAACGUCACCCCCGACUUAGUGCUUUCGUCAACCAUUGCAACAAGCAGGUCGUACACUAGUCUUGCUUUUCCGAAUCCUUCAUCACUAGUAGCAGGUGGCAUCGGAAGUGUGGACAUCCUGAAUACGAAGUACCAGGUAGUGAAGACAUUUACUACACACAACGAUGACACACUGUUCAUGUGGCCCGGCUAUAUGUGUGUCUGCAACUAUGGCAACAUACUUGUCUCUGAUUGGUGUAAGAAGUCUGUGACUUGUCUGACCCCGGAUGGAAAUGUAGGUGUUUACAAACCUACUGGAGAUAGAGCUCUAUCCAACCCAAGAGGCAUUGCAACUACGUACACCGGUGAUAUCCUGUUAGCUAACGAUAAUAAAGUCUUACAGCUGACGGAAUCGGGAGAGUUCGUCAGGGAUGUUCUCACCUCACGGGAUGGUAUCACACUGGCACAAGGUCUGUGUGUAGACAGGAAAGGUUCACUGUUUGUGUGCGAUGGCAGCAACAUCAAAGCAUUCAUUUUUGCAUGAGGAUAUAUAUGGAUUACAUGCAACUGCUUUGUGGUUAAUUUGUAGGAGUUAAUGUAUGUGAAUCAUGCAGGGAAGAUUAAAUACCUAAACAGAAAGUAGGAUCAUUAAGCGUUGCCAUUAACAACCAUUAACCUUCAUUAACUCACUCUUCUGAGCUGCAACUGAUCAUCAUCCUUAUUUGGUGAUAAUAGCUUUUGGAAUAUCAGACUGAAAAAAACACUCAAUACUUUGUCAUAAACACCAUCGUGGGUUCGCAUUAUUCUGCAAACAAUGUAAUUGUCUCUAUGGCAGAGUAAUAUUUUGUACAUACAAGUUAGGUUUUAAGUCUAUUUUAGCUAUAGUUUUAUACACAUUCUAUUCAUAUUUGAAUUAAGUUCAUAGUUUAUUUACUAUGUCUUACUUUUGCCAUAUAAUUGUAUUUCAACUUAAAUAUUAAUACCAUAGCUUAUCUAUUUAUUCAUUCAGUCUAUUAUUUAUCCAGCCUUGACUAACCAUACCACUGCAUGCUUUUCACCCACAGCAC